CCAGUUUGGGAAAAUAAAUACCGUUGCUGGGUAGAUAUCGGACUGAAAAAGGACAUCGCAUUCGCAUCCGUGGUAGUCCUCAGUUUUCCCGAUUUGCAGGUGGUAGAUAGCGUGGUUACUGAAAGCCCUGUUCGUUUUCCUUAUAUACCGGGGUUGUUGUCCUUUCGGGAAAUCCCGCCGCUACUCGCAGCAUUCACGCAGUUGCAAACCGAGCCUGAUCUGGUGAUAGUAGACGGACAGGGGAUCGCGCACCCAAGGCGGUUUGGACUCGCAUCGCAUUUGGGACUGAUUUUGGAUAAACCGACGAUUGGAUGUGCCAAAUCCCGGCUUUGUGGACAAUACGAGGAACCGAAAUCGGAACAGGGAUCUUAUACGUACCUGAUGGAUAAAGGAGAGGUAAUCGGUGCCGUUGUUCGCACGCGCAGGAAUGUUCAGGUGGUGUACAUAUCCAUAGGACACCGAAUCUCCUUGGAUUCAGCACGCACAUUGACACUCGCAUGUUGUCGAGGCUACCGUUUACCUGAAACGACCCGUUAUGCGCACAAGGCUGCAUCCAGUAAAGUCCCCCAAAAUACGCCAAUGAUUCCAACACCAUGA